CACGAACGUAAUUGCUGAGAGAGAAAUAGCAAGCAUUGAUCUGUCCUCCCUUUUCCUCUGGACCAAGCCACUAAAGCUGAUUUGUGCUCCAUGCCCAAAUGGAAGAAACCCAUUACGAGGUUCUAAAUGUCUCGGAAAAUGCGACUUCAGAACAGAUCAAGUUUCGCUUCCAAAACCUCAUUUUAAGGCAUCAUCCAGACAAGCGGGGAUCUGUACCGCAAGACGAUGAUCAAGCACAACGCAUUCUUCGUGCAUGGGAUGUACUGCGGACUCCACAAAGUCGAAAGGAAUAUGACGCAGAGCUUGCAGCCCGCCAGCGGCGACAAGGUGCAGUUAUCAAUAGCGAAAUUGAUCUGGACGAUAUGGCGUAUAAUGAAGACAAGUUAACAUUUUCGAUGAGAUGUCGAUGUUCGGGAACAUAUGCAAUCACUGAGGACGAUUUGGAGCAAGGCAUUGACGUUGUUUGUUGUGAUAAUUGUUCGCUACGGAUACGCGUUUUAUAUGAUGUUGUCGAAGGCGACGACGAGUGAAAGUUGCAAAACAGUAAAUAAAAUACCCCGAGCUAUCAUCAAUACUCAUUAAACUUGUGAUGAGAGCAGAAGAGAGAU